UAGUGAAUCAUGGCAUGGCAGGAGUUCAUGCUGGAUUCCGGAACAAACAGACACCUUGGAGAUUUUCAUAAUCCAUUGUGAGCAUUUGAUCAUGUAUUUGCAUGCUGGAUGCGCACACUGGAUUCAGCUCAAAAUUCAGAUGAAGGGUGUGCAACCAGAAACUGAUCACUGAAAGUGAAACAUCAUCACAUUUUAUGCCCAUGAAAUUUCUUCAAGAUAUUUGCAUUAACCAUGGACAUUUGAGCAUUCAUGUAUAAACUCCUGUCACAUCUAUAUACUUCAACAAACUCCGCAUCGGAUCUGGACGUGCAGUGCUUCCAAUGAUCCAAUCAAUGUUCAUCCUGCCGCAUCAGAAUUCAGACAAACCUCAUCACUACAUUUUUCUUCUGGUUGUCGAGCCAUGAGUUCAUUAGUUUGGAUCGCAGAUUUUGUGGUGUCGAACGCUCAAAACUCUCUUAAUAAAACGUGGCAUAUUUAAGCCGAUUCCAGUUCAUCAAUGCCUGUAUCAGCAAUUGGCUGCUGCGCCCCACGGCAGCAGAAACUCGGAUCAUGAAUCGGACUAGGAAUCCAGUACUCUAGUAUGCUCUUCCUCGUCCGACUCUGACAAGAAGACGGCCCUCCGUUUCCUCUAUAUACCUGGAUUGUCCCGUGCAUCCACGGAUAGCCAUCGCAAUUUGGCGAGCACUUCUCGGUCGCAAGAAAAACUUCAAAAAUUCUCGUGCACCGGCUCGAUUUUGCAGCCCUCGAAUUUCACUCGACAAUCGAAGCCCUCUUGGUGUUUUCUUGGGUUUUGGAGAAAAAGGCUAUAAAUCCCUGCUUUUGAUAGUUAAUUUGUUGAUGUUCUUGCACGGAUCAUCAAGUACGGCAUCAAAGAUGGCGAGUUGGGAUGACGAUGAAUUUUCCGAUGAGGAAGAACAGUCUAUGGGAAAAAGGCUUUGGGAGGACGAAGACGCCGGCGACGACUUCGCCGCGGUGAAGGACACGUGGGACGACGACGACGACGUUAAACCUGGGAAGGAGACGGCCGCCACGGCGGCGAGCACGAAACCUCCUGCAACCAAAGGGAAGAAGAGCCAGGCCAACGCGAAGGCGAAGGCAGAAGCAGCAGACGCAACACCGAGUGAAACCUCUACCUCGAAUGCCGCUGCUGAGAUAGCUCAGAAGCAGCCUGACGACGACGAACCCAUCGAGAAGUUCGUCCCAAAAUCGGAGAAGGAAUUCGCCGAGUACGCCGAGCGCAUCGCGAAAGAUCUUCUUAGACCUUACGAGAAAAGCUACCAUUACAUUGGUCUUAUGAAGGCGAUGAACAAGCUCGCCGUGGCGUCGCUGACGUCGACGAGCGUGAAGGAGAUCGUGUCGUCCAUGACGACGGUGGCCAACGAGAAGCUCAAGGCCGAGAAGGCGGCCGACGCCGGCAAGAAGAAGCCAGGGCAGAAGAAGAAGAGGCUUCACGUCAACAAGGCCGAAGGGCAAAAGUUUCGUGAUGCUGACGACGACGACGACGACGAUUGUCUAUCAUCUUAACUCACAAAGAGCCUCACAGUGAAUGACAGACCUGCUCUGUUGUUCUGUUCUUGUGUCGAGAUCCAGACUUAGUUGAUUUCUGUUGGUUUUAAUGUCAACUUAGUUGAUUUCUAUUGUUUUAAUGUUUGAUUUCUGAUCAUACAUAAGUGUUCAGAUGAUCCUUUAUGCCUCCUAUCAAGUACCUACCAUGCAAAAUUUGCAUGCGUUUCGUUCCAAAA